AUGGAACUGGGCCCGGAGCCCCCGCAUCGCCGCCGCCUGCUCUUCGCCUGCAGCCCCCCUCCUGCGCCGCAGCCGGUCGUGAAGGCACUGUUCGGCGCGCCAGCUGCUGGGGGGUUGUCGCCUGUCACCAACCUGACGGUCACCAUGGACCAGCUGCGGGGGCUGGGCAGUGAGCAUGAGCAGCCACUGGAGGUGAGAAACAACAGCAGUCUGCAGAGAAUGGGUUCCUCCGAGUCAACCGAUUCAGGUUUCUGUCUGGAUUCUCCUGGGCCUUUGGACAGUAAAGAGAACCUUGAACAUCCUAUGAGGAGAAUAAAUUCCCUACCUCAGAAGCUUUUGGGAUGUAGCCCAGCUCUGAAGAGGAGCCAUUCUGAUUCUAUUGACCAUGACAUCUUUCAGCUCAUUGACCAGGAUGAGAACAAGGAAAAUGAAGCCUUUGAGUUUAAGAAGCCAAUAAGACCUGCAUCUCGUGGCUGCCUGCACUCUCAUGGACUUGAGGAGGGUAAAGAUCUCUUCACACAGAGGCAGAAUUCUGCCCCAGCUCAGAUGCUUUCCUCAAAUGAAAGAGAUAGCAACGAACCAGGAAAUUUUGUUCCUCUUUUUAUGCCCCAGUCACCUGUGACAGCCACUUUGUCUGACGAGGAUGAUGGCUUCAUGGACCUUCUUGAUGGAGAGAAUCUGAAGAAUGAUGAAGAGACCCCGUCAUGCAUGGCAAGCCUCUGGACAGCUCCCCUUGUCAUGAGAAGAACUACGAACAUUGGAAAUCGAAGCAAGCUGUUUGACUUCCCUUCCCUGUGUAGCUCCAGCACUCGGUCAAUGUUAAAGAGACCAGAAAGAUCUCAAGAGGAGUCUCCACCCGGAAAUACAAAGCGAAGGAAGAGCAUGGCUGGGGCCAGUCCUGAAGAGGCGGCUAGUCCAGAGAAGACCCACGAGGUUCUACGUAAGUCUUUAUCCCUCGCAUCUUCCUCAAAAGGGACCAUAGAGAAUAUUUUGGACAGUGACCCGAGGGACCUUAUAGGAGACUUCUCCAAGGGUUAUCUCUUUCAUACAGUUGCUGGAAAGCAUCAGGAUCUAAAAUACAUCUCUCCAGAAAUUAUGGCAUCUGUUUUGAAUGGCAAGUUUGCCAGCCUCAUUAAAGAGUUUGUUAUUAUUGACUGCAGAUACCCAUAUGAAUAUGAGGGAGGCCACAUCAAGGGUGCAGUGAACUUGCACAUGGAAGAAGAGGUUGAAGACUUCUUACUCAAGAAGCCCAUUGUACCUACUGAUGGCAAGCGUGUCAUCGUCGUAUUCCACUGCGAGUUUUCUUCUGAGAGGGGCCCCCGCAUGUGCCGAUAUGUGAGAGAAAGAGAUCGGCUUGGUAAUGAAUACCCCAAACUCCACUACCCUGAGCUUUAUGUCCUGAAGGGGGGAUACAAGGAGUUCUUCCUGAAAUGCCAGUCUCACUGUGAGCCCCCCAGCUACCGGCCCAUGCACCAUGAGGACUUUAAAGAAGACCUGAAGAAGUUCCGCACCAAGAGCAGGACCUGGGCAGGGGAAAGGAGCAAAAGGGAGAUGUACAGUCGUCUAAAGAAGCUCUGA